CUCAGUCAGUGCUCCUCCCGGUGAUCCCGCUACCUGCCGCUGCUCCUCACACACACACACGCGCGCGCGCACACACACACACACACACACACACACUCAUAUACACACACUCACGCUCAUGAGUGCGCGCUGCGUCUGUGCGCACCACCGGCUUCUGCAACCUGCAGCUGACUUCACCUGAGCGAACAAACCGGGGGACCUGACGACCAAACAAUGCGUGCACACUGCAUUAUGCGGUAUCGCAGGUUAUUACUACUUUUGCGCUCUUUCAGGAGGUAACGGGGCAGGUGUAAGCGCGCGUGCCAUCAUCAUGGAUUGUCUUUUUCUUCUGAUAUGGACUUUACCCAUCCCGCUGGUCGGCUGCACCUCACUCAGGCUCCUGUCCACUUUACUAUCCUGGAAUAUUAUCAAGACGCUGCACAUUUACUGCUCACACACCUCCCACAGUGUGUCGGCCAGCUAUUCUUCCAGCUACAGCCACGGAUUAAAUCUGGACUAUGUGUUCGUGACCCCGGUGGAGGUGGACUCCGAGGGAGCGUACCUGACGCACGAUGUGACCCGGCAAAGCCGCCGCAGCAGGAGGUCCCUCUCUUCUUCUCGGCACUACUGGAUCUCGGCUUUCGGACAGGACAUGCACCUGGACCUGCACCCGUCCUCUGUGGUCGGCCCAGGGUUCACCGUGCAGACGCUUGGCUCGGACGGCAUCACCACUGCGAUGGCCGAUGAAGGGUUCCACAGCUGCCUGUAUCAGGGAUUUAUCCGUAACCUGUCGGCCUCCUCUGCAGCCAUAUCUACAUGCUCUGGACUUUCAGGUUUGAUCCGUGUGUCUCAGGAGGAGUUUCUGAUCGCGCCGCUACCCCAGCAUCUGGCUGAACAGCACAACUACAGCGCCCCCGAUGGCCACCACCCACAUGUCGUCUACAAACGCUCGGCCGAACACAUUAUCCACAGAAGAUCCACCAGCCCAUCUAGCACCAGCUCUUCCAGACCUGACAACCCAUACCUCCAACAUCACCAUCAACAGCAGCAUCAUCAACACCAUGACUACCAGCAUGGAAAGCUGCAGAGGCAACACUUCUGCGGACGCCGCAAGCAAUACACUCCCAAGCCUCCCGCUGAGGACUGUUUCAUCAUGCCUGACGAGUUUGCGAUACCUGAGGCAGAAGGUUCAGGAAGGGCAAAGAGAUCGCCCAUUAACUCCAACAGGGUGGGGGGCCUGAACGUGGAGACCCUGGUGGUGGCAGACAGGAAGAUGCUGGAGAAACACGGCAGGGACAAUGUCACCACCUACGUCCUCACUGUCAUGAAUAUGGUUUCCAGCCUCUUCAAAGAUGGCACCAUUGGGACGGACAUCAACAUUGUGGUGGUCAGCUUGUUACUGCUGGAACAGGACCCGCUGGGCUUGACCAUCAAUCACCAUGCCGACCAGUCCCUGAACAGUUUCUGUCAGUGGCAGUCGGGUCUGGUGGGGAAAGGUGGUAAACGGCAUGACCAUGCUAUUCUCCUCACUGGACUGGACAUCUGUUCCUGGAAGAACGAGCCCUGUGACACUCUGGGUUUCGCCCCCAUCAGUGGAAUGUGCAGCAAGUACAGGAGUUGUACCAUCAAUGAGGAUACGGGGCUGGGCUUGGCUUUCACCAUUGCUCACGAGUCUGGACACAAUUUUGGGAUGAUCCACGAUGGCGAGGGGAACCCUUGUCGCAAAACAGAAGGCAACAUUAUGUCUCCCACUCUGGCUGGAAACAACGGGGUCUUCUUCUGGUCCACCUGCAGUCGACAGUACCUCAGCCGCUUCCUUGGAACAGCCCAGGCAUCCUGUCUGGUGGACGAGCCGAAGCAGAUCGGUCAGUACAAGUAUCCUGAACAGCUUCCCGGGCAGCUGUAUGACGCAGACACACAGUGCAAGUGGCAGUUUGGCUCCAAGGCCAAACUGUGCGGUCUUGAUUUUGUCAAGGACAUCUGCAAGUCGCUGUGGUGUCAUCGCACAGGACACCGGUGUGAGACGAAGUUCAUGCCUGCUGCUGAGGGCACUGGCUGUGGUCCUGAUAUGUGGUGUCGCAGGGGUCAGUGCGUCAAAUACGGGGAGCAUGGCCCGAGAGCGGUCCACGGCCAGUGGUCCACCUGGUCGCAGUGGUCCCACUGCUCCAGAUCCUGCGGAGGAGGGGUCAUGUACAGGGAGCGCUCCUGCACCAGCCCAAGGCCACAGAACAAUGGUAAAUUCUGCUCAGGGUCAAGCCGUCUCAACCAGCUUUGCAACACUCGGCCGUGUCCUCUUAACGCUGUGGACUUCCGAGCUCAGCAGUGCGCUGAGUACAACAGCAAGCCCUUCAGGGGCUGGUACUACAAGUGGAAGCCCUACACCAAAGUGGACGAUGAGGACAUCUGCAAGCUGUACUGCAUCGCAGAAGACUACGACUUCUUCUUCGCCAUGUCCAGCAAGGUCAAAGAUGGCACCUCCUGCUCUGAGAACAAAGGGGAUGUCUGCAUUGAUGGAGUGUGUGAGGCAGUAGGCUGUGACCAGAUCCUGGGCUCCAAGGCCUCUCUGGAUGCCUGCGGGGUCUGUAAGGGAGACAACUCCACCUGCAAGUUCUUCAAGGGUCAAUACACCCUCCAACACAGGGCUAACGAGUAUUACUCCAUGGUUAUAGUCCCAGCCAGGGCAAGAAGCAUUCGUGUUCAGGAAAUGGAAAUCUCAACCAGCUACCUGGCUGUUCGCUCCCUCAAGAGGAAGUACUACCUGACCGGGGACUGGACUGUUGACUGGCCGGGGAAGUUCCACUUUGGUGGGACCGUGUUUGACUACCAGCGCUCUUUCAACAAGCCGGAGAGCCUGUAUGCCGCUGGACCUACUAAUGAGACGCUGGUGUUUGAAAUCCUGCUGCAGGGAAAGAACCCGGGUGUGGUGUGGGAGUACACCCUGCCUCGCACCGAGAGGAAACCCGACUACAGCUGGGGUGUGGUGCGCUCUGACUGCUCGGCUCCCUGUGCUGGAGGUCGUAUCUCCACCAAGGCGAUCUGUCUGCAGGACCAGAAGGUUCAGGUCAACUCCACCAUGUGUAAUCCACACACCAAACCGACACUGGGCUCCCAUCUCUGCAACACACAGCCCUGCCCUGCAUAUUGGGCAGCAGGAGACUGGGGUGCCUGCAGUCGCUUGUGUGGAGGCGGUCAGCAGACCCGGACACUGCGCUGCCUGAGGAAGGUGACCUAUCAGAGGGAAGAGGUGGUUGCACACUCCCUCUGCCCUGUCAUCUCUCCGGCCCAGGUCCAGCCCUGCCACACCCAGGUCUGCCCGCCCGAGUGGAGCACCGGGUCCUGGUCACAGUGCUCCAAGUCCUGUGGUCGUGGACUGAGGAAGCGGAGCGUGUUUUGCCGCAGCACCGAUCCCGGGGCCAAGGCGGUGGUGGUGCCCGACAGCAUGUGCAGACAGCACCACAAACCCAAAGCCCAGGAGACCUGCGUCCUGCGGCGCUGCCCCAAGAACGAAAGGCUGCAGUGGAACCCCACUCAGUGGGGAGAGUGCUCCAGGUCCUGUGGCUCAGGCAUCCAGAAAAGAGAGCUUCGCUGCGGGGAGAGGGACUCAAAGGGAGGGUAUGUGGAGUUCCCCAUCCGGAGGUGCAGGCAUAUGGCCAAACCUUUGGUGGACCUCCAGCAGGGCUGCAACCGAGGUCUGUGCCCGGAGCUCCCACGUGUGGUCGCUGGCAGAACCACCUCGUCUGCCGUGGUCUUAGGCUGGUACUCCUCUCCCUGGCAACAGUGCUCUGUGUCCUGUGGCGGAGGAGUCCAGACUCGGUCCAUCCAGUGUCUACGGCAAGGUCGCCCUGCAGCUGGCUGCCUGCCCCACCAGAGGCCUGUCACUUCCAGGGCUUGCAACACACACUUCUGCCCUGAUGCUCCCCUGGCUCCGGUGCAACGGCCCAGCCGGGUCACGCCUGUUGGCACGACACUGAAAGAGGAACAGUGUGUGGACCACUUCAGCUGGUGCCACUUGGUUCCCCAGCACGGCGUCUGCAACCACAAGUUCUAUGGACAGCAGUGCUGCAAGUCCUGCUCCAGUAAGAGGUCGUAGAGCUUGGACACCUCCGGGUCUGUGGCUUUGGGCCACCUGGGAGCGAUUACUCACAACACACAGAACUGUCCUCGACAACUGGUGUGUUUUUCUUCCUGGAGUACUUGACUAACGGAUUUUUGUAAAGAAGUAAAAGAGAGACUCUGUUUGUCAAACACGGCAAUGUGGCUGCUGAUGCUCACCGGCCAAAGCAGUCAAGUCGCCAUGUGAACUGAUCACAUUGGAACUGGAAUGACAAUGAAAAAGAUAUUCUGAAGACGCAUCGAUGUAACAUAUAUCUUGUCAUUUUGUUGAUUUUUUUUUUUCCUUUUGAAACCUCUAAAGCUACAAGCCAUCAAGAGAACAGGAAAAGACAAUAGUGUUUCUAGCUUGCUUAUAUGUUGUAUUUGUAGGCGUUUGGUUUCAUACUCCUUUAUUUAAGUUAUUAUGGUUCGUAAUAUAUGAUUUGUCAGAUGUACAGUGGAUCUGUUGUGACAUGUUUAUCUAUGUUUGGAUAUACCAUAGGAUCGUGCCAGUCACCCUUGGAUCCACAGUAUGAGAUUGUUUAUGAGUAAUCAAUGGUCAGAUGUCCUCUGCACUUCCUCCUCACACACUCUCCGCUUGUUAUGUUUGCUGCUGCUCAUUUUUCGUGUCUGCAUUCCAUUCAUGUUAACGCUUUGAAAACGUGCCUAUCCGUGUACAUUUUACCCAGUCACGCUGUAAGUGGUCGUUUUUAUCUCUCCUGUAUGGUUAUGACAAUACAACUUGAUCAUUU